AUGGUUGCCGCUGGAUUUAAUGAACAAGGUAGGGCACAUGUUUGGCACAUGGAUUCGGGUGAAGUAUUGCUGACACUUACAGCACAUAAUCGCGGCAUCAAGGGAUUGUCAAUGAAUAAAAGACAUAUAGUAACGGCGGGUCAUGAUAUGUCAGUCAUUGUGUGGGAUUUGAAAGAAGGGACGAAAUUGCAUACCUUUAGAGGAUUUGGUAAUAUGCUUCUUGGGAUCCAGCUUUUGGGCAACAAUAAUUUGAUAGCUAUAAAUAGUGAUGGCUGGAUUCGUACGUAUGCACUUGAAGAAAAACUCCAAAUCCAUCAAUACAAAAUCCCAGAUAAUUCUCACAUUCAAUGGUUUUCUGCAUUGGGAAUGGAUGUAACAUGUUCAACAACCCGUACAAUAUAUCAACUUCGUUGGCAAAACAAAUACAUUCAAACGGGAAAAAAAACAAAAGGUGUAGACGAAAUUAUAAUUGAACCGGAUUUAUCUAUGGAUCCAGUGAUAAAACGGAAAGUUACAUCUGAAGCGGAAAUAUUUUGCGGAACAACUGAUAAUACUAAAGAUAGGAUUAUUUUUAGCACAAGAUUUAAUAGCAGGACGCAUAACAAUAAAAGUAUAUAUGUUUACUCACAAGAAAAAGGUAUUAACAGAUUUGGUGGGCUGUGGGAAAAUAUGGCCGAUCAAAUGACCACAAAUAACAUGGGGCCUUUAUGUAUGGAUGUUGAUCAUGAAAAAGUCAUUAUUGGAUCAAUGGGAGGAGUUGUUUAUGUUUUGGGAUUCGUUGGAGAUAGAGAAUGA